GGAUUACAACCAAUAGUUAUGCAGUGACACUUUGAGUGACAGAUGCUGUAGCAGUAGUGGGGGAAGGGGUCGCUGAAGUUGACGGAACCGCCAUCUUGAAAAGUGCCCUCGGAUGAUCUACCUUUUCGCGCCUGUCAGAAUCAGUUUUAAACGCUUUAUUUUCCUUAGUGGAAUUUCGUGUUGUCUCUCUGUUUGUUUUUAUUGAAGCCUAGGACUGAUGGAAAGAUAAGCUCCAUGCUGGAGACUUGCUGUUUACCGUUGUCUAUCGGUGUGUGCUGUUGAACUGCUGUAUGUGUGCUGUUUGCCAGUCUGUCCAUCACCGCUGUAGCCUGGAAUGGGCCACAACUCCCAAAGACUAGAACACACCUCUUUAUAACCUGAGCGUACUCACAGAGCCAACAUGUUUUGGAAAUUUGACCUCCACACUACAUCCCACAUUGACACGCUGUUAGAAAAGGAGGAUGUUACGCUGACGGAGGUAAUGGACGAGGAUGACGUCCUGCAAGAGUGCAAGGCCCAGAACCACAAACUGGUUGCCUUCCUGCUGAGACCACAGUGCAUGGAGGAUCUGGUCACCUUCAUCACGCAGGAACCCAGUACUGAUGUUGAGGAGAAGGUUAAAUACAAGUAUCCCAACAUAUCAUGUGAGCUGCUAACAUCAGAUGUGAGCCAAAUUAACGACAGACUGGGAGAAGAUGAAAAACUGCUGAUGAAACUAUAUAGCUUCCUCCAGAAUGAGCCGCCUCUCAAUCCGCUCCUAGCCAGCUUCUUCUCCAAAGUCCUGUCCAUUCUUAUAGGACGCAAGCCUGAACAGAUAGUGGAUUUUCUGCGGAAGCAAGAGGACUUUGUAGACUUGAUGAUCAAGCACAUAGGAACAUCUGCCAUCAUGGACCUGCUUCUCAGGAUGCUCACCUGCAUCGAACCACAACAACUACGACAGGACGUUCUCAAUUGGCUGAAUGAGGAGAAAGUGAUUCAGAGACUGGUGGAUAUGGUACAGCCUUGUCAGGAUGAAGAUAGACACUCCAAUGCCUCCCAGUCACUGUGUGAGAUCAUCAGACUGAGUAGAGACCAGAUGUUCCAGGUCCAGGGCUGCUCAGAGCCCGACCCACUUUUGGCCACACUUGAAAAGCAAGAGACAGUGGAGCAACUGCUGUCUAAUAUCUUUGACAAGGAGAAGAAUGAAUCUGCAAUUGUCAGUGUUAUCCAGAUCCUCCUCACAUUGUUUGAGACCAGGAGACCAGCGUUUGAGGGUCAUAUGGAGUGCCCUCCUGGGAUGUCCCAUCCUUCGUUCUCAGUCAACCACAGCAUCCUGGAGGCUGUGAGACCCAGACUCAAAGACUUUCACCAGCUGCUACUGGAGCCCCCAAAGAGGAAUGUGAUGAAGACAACUUGGGGGGUGCUGGACCCUCCCGUGGGUAACACAAGACUCAAUGUGGUCAGACUGGUGGCCAGCCUGUUGCAGAGCAACACACACAGCAUCAACACAGAACUUAUCAACCUCAACACACUGGGAGUCACACUAGAUAUGUAUUUCAAAUACAUCUGGAACAAUUUCCUCCACAUUCAGGUGGAGAUCUGCACAGCCAUGAUUCUGGCUAUGCCCCCUGCCCCCACUGACUCUCAGCCAGACACAGAGCUGGAACAUGCAAGGGAGAGCAUCCUCAUCAAACAUCUGUUUCAAAAGUGCCAGUUUAUACAGCGAAUCGUAGAUGCCUGGAGCUCCAAUGAGAAAGAACAGGCGGAAGGUGGUCGGCGAAGAGGCUACAUGGGUCACCUCACCAGAAUAGCCAACUCUAUAGUUCAUAACUGUGACAAAGGUCCUAAUGGACCACAGAUACAACAGCUCAUCUCUGAGCUCCCUGCAGAAGACAGAGAGAAAUGGGAGGCCUUUAUUUCCGGGCAGCUGGCUGACACAAACAAGAGAAACACUGUUGACCUGGUGAAUACACACCACAUCCAUUCUGCCAGUGAUGAUGAGGUGGACUUUAAAGACAGUGGCUUUCACCAGGACUCCUCUUUACAACAAGCCUUUUCUGAUUAUCAGAUGCAACAAAUGACGUCCAAUUUUAUUGAGCAGUUCGGCUUCAAUGACGAAGAGUUUGCUGAUCAGGACGAUGUUGUGGAUAUUCCCUUUGAUAGAAUAUCAGACAUCAAUUUUUCACUGAAUACAAAUGAAAGUGCGAACAUAGCUUUGUUUGAGGCACGUUGUAAGGAGAAAAUCCAGCAGUUUGAAGAUGCUGGUUCAGAUGAGGAGGAUAUCUGGGAUGAAAAAGAUGUCACCUUCGCACCAGAGGCACAGAGACGCCCCAGGAGCUCAGGCAGCACAGACAGUGAGGAAAGCACAGACUCGGAGGAAGAGGAUGUGAAGAGAGAUCCAUUCGAAGCUUCAAACCCAAGCACUGAUGACAGAAUGGAAGUCGACACAGGACCAGUGUGGACUGCCAACUUUGAUGACAUCCCCAUGGACACGGGUACAUCAGCAGCUCCAGCCUCCAGCUCUAACAACCCUACUGCCUCCUCUCCUUUGUCCUCCUCCUCCUCCUCCUCCUCUCCCUCUUCCACAGAAGUCCUCCCGGAGACCGGAUGGAGCUCCUCUUCUGCUGCCCCCUCUAACUCUGAAAUAGGCUGGGCUGAUUUCUCCAGCUUCACUCCUGUCUGCCCCAAAGAUCCUCUGAGAUGCAACUCUCCUGUUGCUAUGGAAACGAGCUUAGAGACGAUGGACCCUCUGGGGGUCAACGCACCCAUUCAACCUGAAGGUGACUGUGAUGGCUGGUUGGGCACCGGUUUGUCUUCUCCCCCCUCAAACUCGCCUAAGGAUUGUGGUACAUCUAAAGCAGAGGAGGAAACGGCCUGUUGUGAGCAGCGCAGCAUCACAGAGACAGUCAUCAAUGGCUCCAUGAAAGAAACCGUCAGCCUCACUGUUGACGCCAAGACUGAGACCGCCGUUUUCAAGAGUGAUGAAGAGAAGAGUACUUCUUCAGAGAAAUACUCAGUACUGGAGUGUGUGGAUUCAGAGAGAACAGGCUUCAACAGCUCAGCCGCAGCCUGCUGUCCCAAAACAGGUGAGAAGUGUCGGCCUACGUUGGAGCUCCCCAAUGGUCCUCUAGAGGAAAUGUCAGCCAUACAGGAGGCCAAGCUGGACCAGAGCACCCUGUCCUCAGAGCCAGCUGUAAAUGGGCCGGUGUGAUGGUCUCCCAGUGCCAGCCAGUGGCCAGCCUGUAGUGCCACGCAGGCCCCUUCUCCUGAGGCAACCUGCAGAGGCUACCGCUCAGAGCUCUACCAAUCACACGCCCCCGCCAGGACCAGCAAUACUCCCCAUCGGUCAUCACUGACAGACAUACAGACACUCAAGUGUACAGACACAGGAUGAACUGAAAAGCGAAACGAGAGACAUACUCAAAUGUAUACAGAAUAAUUUUUUUCAGCAUUUGUUUAUAUACUAUUGUUCUUAUGAGGUGAUGUGCAACUGAUAUCUUGCCGCUCAAAAUUAAAUCGUAAUGUUGCUAUAGUUAAAGAAAUGAUUGUAUGAAUAAAAUAUUUUAUAAAAAGAAAAAAAUGUAUACAGAAACAUGACCCGAUCAACCACGAAGCUGUUGUUACUUGCUGGAUCUGUUAUCCUGCACUCUGACACUUAACGCAUUAUUUGCUAUAUUUAAGAUUCUCUCCCACCGUUGGUUAGUGUCUCUGAGCGAAGUAGUCGCUCUUAGAUACCAAAACACACUUUUAAAACCACACUUGAAGAUUUAUUUUGCUGCAGGUAUUGUUUUUGUUUUUCCUCUGCAUUGAGUUUUUUUUUUUUUUUUUUGGGAAAUCCCCACUAGUCAUAAGUCUGAAGGGGAUCUUGUGUUUGGUUGUGUGUGUCCAAGUGUGCGUGUGUGAAUCUGUUUGCAGCUAAUCUCACAUACUACUGGAUAGGGAUGCAAUGAACGAUUAUUUUCAUUAUCUUUUAGUCUAUAAAAUUGUAAAAAUCACAAAUUGCUUCUUUUAUCUAACCCAACAGUCCAAAAACCCCCUCCAAAUCUUCAUUCGUUAUCAUAAAUGCCAAACAAUAGCAGAAAAUUCUUCUCUUCAUGAAGCUGAAACCAGAAAGUGUUUGAUCUUUUAGUUUGAACAAAUGACAGAAACAAUAGCUGGCAACUAAUUUUCUUUCUGUCGAUUGACUAAUGAUUGCAGCUCUGUUACUGUCCCUGUCAGCCUAACAUUUGUUCUGCACAUUUGUGACUGUAUGCUCACAGACCUCUCUUUCUCUGCAGUGAUUCACGAUUUGUGGGGGGAAAAACAAAAAAAUAACUGGCCUAUAGGGACUUCCAGUGAUCAACAACUGCUUCAGUUUGCUCCCAGACACAGCUGAUAGAGAUCAGCACUCCCCUCUAAGAUGCUUAUGUUUUGUCACUAAAGAACCUUAACAAGCCGCCCUGUAGCAGGCUGCGUUCAUGCUGACAGGGUUCCUACCUUGCAGCCAGAAGGCUAAACAGAAGAGACACUGUUUGUUUUUCAGCACAGGCUGAACUGGGACCUGUAAAUACAUUCUGAGCUUGUAUUUUUAGUCCCCAACUAAACUUCACAACAGCCCUCUUCUUUGGCCCAUCACUGCAUUUUAGACUUCCCCUCCCAGUGUGCAGAAACGUGAUUUCAAGGACACUGAUAGUGUUUGCUAAAGAGAAAGAACAUGCAGGAAUAGUAAAUCAGAUUGUAAUAAGUACAUUUUGCAAGAUUAGGAUUUACCCAGCCUUACUGGGCCUGCUGUGGUUCAGGCUAAUUCUGCUAAGAAUUUAUUUCCCAAGAGAACUUGUAAAAUUUGUAAAUUUGUGGUAUCAGCUGCUGACCAGUUCCACUCCCAGGUGUCUCUACCUGUACAGCAUACUGUGUUCAAACUGACAACAACACCGAAUGGCAAACCACUUGUCUUUUCAAGGUCUUAGCCUGUCGGGGGCCGACUCGGACUAAGAAGUUUACCAUGGCUGAGUGCAUUUUCACAUCUCACAAAAAAAACAAACAAACUGUAAACCAGUCAGUUCAGUGCAAGGGGCACAUUUCUGAUAGGUGAUGAGGUGUGACGUGACGUUCUACUGUUUACCUGCAAACUGUUGAGAUGCAGAUAAAAUGGUUGCCACCAUGAUAACAUUC